AAAUCUUGUGAUGCUGGACAUGAGCUCUCUAUUCAAACCUUCCCUACAAACUUUUAAGGAAAUAGUUUUGGUCCUUUUUAAACUGGAGGGAAAAAUCUCUCUGGAUUUCUUGGUUUGCUUUCGGAUGACCUUUUUAUUUUUUGCUUGUUCCUGUCAUUCCCAUAUUUCUCUGAACAGAUUCUGGCAAUCAUGUUUUACCUAUGCUAAUGGUACAUGUUCAUUUUAUACAGUUACCUUGAGUUAUUCUACACUUCAGAUGGUAGUGUAUUUCAUUAGCGAACAAAGAGAUUUUCUGUAUGAGCCAUGAAGAGUAACAUCAGGGUUAAUGUGGAAAUUUUUAAAAUCACAAUAGCUUUUUUUUAUAGGCCUGUUGUCAGGCAUUACUCAAUUUGGCAAAAUCUCUGAUUUUUCAUGUCUUUGAGUUAAAGAUACAAAAUACUUCAGUUAAGGCCAGCUGCUGCCAUGUGUGCAUUUAUAACACCCUUGCUUCUUGAAAGGUGGCCUCUUGGCAUGUUGAUUAAAGCUUAAUUUUUCUGAAACAAACAUUAGCUUUUCAGCCUAACGGCUUUCCAAAGAAUAAUGACCUAAUGCAGUAAGAUUAUUGUAACAACUUAAAUACUAAAUAAUCUGGCUGCUCUAAAGGAGGAAUUGAUUCGUGAUGGCAAUGAGCUGGAUCAUUGUUGUGACCUCAUACAACUAACGCAAUCAUAUAAACUUUUACAAACGCAGCUCCACUUUGUGCAAUGGGACUACUUCAGGCUUGAUUCUGUAAAUGGUGAUAAAACCUGGCAUGCAUAAGCAUUCUGUGGAAAAUCUUGUAUACAGCUGCUACAACUUGGAGUAUAAAAACGACAAUAAAUGGGCAAAAAAGGGCCGGCGUUCCUUAACAUAGGCAUUAAGGAAACUAUUAGAAACAAAAGGACACCAUUCAAAAAAUGGAAGUUGUGCCCAAAUGAGGAAAAUAGGAAAGUACACAAACUCUAGUAAUUUACAUGUAAAUCACAGUAGGGUGGGUUGAAACACAAAUGGAGGAGUGUUUUGCUAGGCUCUUCUACAGAUCAAAAAAUGGUUAAAAACAGGAGCCAAAAGACAGGACUAUGUCAGCUUGGCGUGUAUUUUUCAACGUAAUCAAAAUGAUCUGGAAAAAGAGGGCAUACAUAAUGCGCUGGCAAGAUUUGUGGAUAAUAUAAGGCUAUUCUGCAUAGUCAAAUCCAAAGCUAAUGAUGAAGAAUUAUGGAAAGAUCUCAUAAAACUGAAUGAGCGGACAAUGAAGUGACAAAUGAAAUUCAACAUUGCUAACUGAAAAUUAUGCAGCUGUGAAAAAGUAAAACUAUACAUACACCGUAUUGGGCUCUGAAUUAGCCAUUAUCACAUAAGACAGAUAUUUGAAACAGUGUGGGUAGACCUGAAAAAGAUUGGCUUAAAAUGCAGCAGUCAACAAGACAGAUGAAAUGUUAUGAAUUAUUAGCAGAGGAGUUGAAAGCAAGACAAAAAACAUCAUUAUGCUUUGUGUUUCUGAUCGCCCCAUCUCAAAAGGGAUAUCGCAAAACUAGAAAAAGUACAGAAAAGGGCAACAAAAAGGAGCACAGGUGCUUGUUCUCAGGAGAGACUAAGAAAGCUAUUACUAUUUAGCUUGGAGAAAAGAAAGCCGAGGGCGAAUGUAAUGCAGGUCUGUAAAAUAAUGAAAAGUGUGGAAAAAACGGAGAGGGAACCAUUAUUCACAGCACCUCAGAAAACGUGAAUGAAGGGACAUCCAGUGAAAUGAUCAGACAGUGCGUCUAAACCCUAAAAGGAGUAGCAUUGGCCUAUGCAAUACACAAUCAGCUUGUGGAACUCAUGGCCACAGGAAGUGGUAGAGGCCAAUUGGAAAACCAGUUUGUAUGUUUGUGCAGUGCUAACUCUAUUGUAUUGGACAGCUAGGGAGGAUGUUUAAAAGAAAUCCCUGAACACAUGAUGGGAUGACUGCUGGUAUGGUAAAGGAGUCUUCAGCUGAACCCCUGGUCCAUUAAGGAUGGGGAAGGCAUGCAGGAAGAACGCAAAGAAGAGGCUGGGGCAUUGCUCUUUGACCUUCAUUGGUGACCUGGAUGGGCAGGAAAGCCACUCGCUGAAGGGUAGCUGCUAGAGAGGAGUUGGCUUUGAGAACGGAGAUCUUGGAACAUGGAAAGAUCCCUUGGUUUCAUCCAUAACCACUGCAUUGUUGUGCUGUUCCUCUUCAGUUCCCUGAGCUCGCUAGGUCUUGCCCAGUAUGGGUACUGGCCAUAUUCUGGCUACCCUGAGCAACCCACACAAGAACAACGUCCUCAGCGGCCAGCCAGUGUCCCCAAGAUUCAGCUGCGGCUGGCAGGGCAGAAGAGGAAGCACAAUGAAGGGCGAGUGGAAGUGUUCUACAAUGGCGAGUGGGGCACAGUGUGCGAUGAUGACUUCUCCAUCCACUCUGCUCAUGUAGUGUGCAGAGAGUUGGGCUAUGUGGAGGCUGUGUCCUGGCUCCCAGGCUCCAAACAUGGAAAGGGAGAAGGCAAAAUCUGGCUGGACAAUGUCCAUUGUACUGGCAGAGAGACCACUUUGGCAGAAUGCAACUCAAAUGGUUGGGGAGUCACCGACUGCAAGCACACGGAAGAUGUAGGAGUGGUUUGCAGUGAAAAGCGAAUCCCUGGCUUCAAGUUUGACAAUGCGUUGCUCAACCAAAUAGAGAAUAUAAACAUCCAGGUGGAAGAUGUAAGAAUCCGAGCAGUUCUUGCUACCUACCGCAAGCGUGUGCCAGUCACGGAGGGUUACGUGGAGGUGAAAGAAGGAGGGAGCUGGAAGCAGAUCUGUGACAAACACUGGACCACAAAAAAUUCCCGAGUCAUCUGUGGCAUGUUUGGCUUUCCAGGGGAGAAGAAAUAUAACGCCAAGGUCUACAAGCUGCUUGCCAAAAAGAAGAAGCUAAGCUACUGGGGUUACUCCGUGGAGUGCACUGGCAAUGAGGCUCAUAUCUCCAGCUGCAAACUGGGCAGCCGUCUCAAUGUGGACAAUAAAAAUAAUGUCACCUGUGAGAAUGGGAUGCCUGCUGUGGUGAGCUGUGUGCCAGGCCGGGCUUUUGCUCCCAGCAGUAAUAAUGGCUUCCGAAAAGCUUUCAGGCAGGAGCAGCCCUUGGUCAGGCUGAGAGGUGGGGCCAAUACUGGAGAAGGAAGAGUUGAAGUGCUGAAAAAUGGGGAAUGGGGAACUAUUUGUGAUGAUAACUGGAACCUGAUUUCAGCCAGUGUGGUCUGCCGAGAGCUGGGCUUUGGGAGUGCCAAGGAAGCUAUCACAGGUGCAAAGCUUGGGCAAGGGAUCGGUCCUAUUCACCUAAAUGAAAUAGCAUGUACAGGGUCAGAAAAAUCCAUCACGGACUGCAAGUUCAAUACAGAGUCGCUGCGUUGUAAUCAUGAGGAAGAUGCUGCUGUAAGGUGCAACAUUCCAGCCAUGGGUUUCCAGAAUCAGCUGCGUCUGAGUGGUGGCCGCAACCCAUAUGAGGGCCGGGUAGAAGUCCUCAUGGAGCGCAAUGGGACCUUGAAGUGGGGGACAGUCUGCAGUGAGAAAUGGAGCACCGUGGAAGCCAUGGUGGUUUGUCGCCAGUUGGGCCUUGGCUUUGCUAGCCAUGCCUUUCAGGAAACUUGGUACUGGCAUGGAGACAUCAGUGCUGAUGAUGUCAUUAUGAGUGGCGUGAGGUGUUCAGGCACGGAGAUGUCCCUGGGUCACUGUCGGCAUGAUGGCGCCAGAGUUUCAUGUCCCAGGGGUGGUGGCCGCUUUGCUGCAGGAGUUUCCUGCUCAGAAACUGCCCCUGACCUGGUGCUCAACGCCGAGCUGGUGGAGCAAACCUCUUACCUGGAGGACCGGCCGAUGUUCAUGCUGCAGUGUGCGCUGGAGGAGAACUGCCUGGCUUCCUCUGCUGCCAACACAUCCAUUACCUCAGGCUACCGGAGGCUCCUGCGGUUCUCCUCCCAGAUCCACAACAAUGGGCAGUCUGACUUCCGCCCAAAGAAUGGCCGCCACGCCUGGAUCUGGCAUGACUGUCACAGGCAUUAUCACAGUAUGGAAGUCUUCACACACUAUGAUCUGCUGAACCUCAAUGGGACCAAGAUAGCUGAAGGACACAAAGCCAGUUUCUGUUUGGAAGACAGUGAAUGCGAAGCAGAUGUGCAGAAACAGUAUGAAUGUGCCAAUUUUGGUGAACAAGGGAUCUCAGUUGGAUGUUGGGAUGUGUAUCGCCAUGAUAUUGACUGCCAGUGGGUUGAUAUUACUGAUACUCCACCAGGAGAUUACCUCUUCCAGGUGGUCAUCAACCCAAACUUUGAAGUUGCAGAAUCUGAUUAUUCAAACAAUGUGAUGAAAUGCAGGAGCCGAUAUGACGGUCAGCGCAUCUGGAUGUAUAACUGCCAUAUAGGUGGCUCCUUCAGCGAAGAAACAGAAGAGAAGUUUGAUCAUUUCAGCGGACUGACAAAUAAUCGGGUGUCCACUCGAUAGAACAGCCUUGCCUCGCCCCCCACUCUAUUUAAGGAAGCAGAGAUGCCUCUCAGUGACUUCCCUAACCACUGCACAGAAAAAGAAUCAAGCAAGCAAUCAUGAACUUAAGUUAGCUGUGUAAGUUAUUUUCAGUGAUGCCCUCCAUACUUAUUCCAGGUGCUCAGCACAAUAAGGAGCUAACUCUGUAGUCCUCAUCCUUAAUGUUCUGAUUUUGGACCAGGCUGUAAUUCUACUAGGCCCCACUCCCCUAAAAAUUGGGCUGCAUAUCCAUCUAUCCGUCCAGUCUUACCUUUCACUAGAGCUCCCUUCCUCUCUUGCAAACCUUCUAGGCUGCAGUUAGUAGAGUAUGGGUAUGGUGGUUGCAUUUGGGUGAUGAUAAUAGGAAUGCAUUUCUGUAUUCCGCUUUUAAAUGCACUUCAACCUUGGCUGCCUUAUCCCCUUCUCGCAAUGUUUUAGCUUUAAGUCAAGUCUGAGCAUGCCCCCAGUGCAAAAACCUACAUUUGUGAUAUAGCUUCUUGGAAAUAAUGCCAUGCAAAUACCCCGUUUAGCAAGGAAGUGGCUGGUAUGUCUAAGAGAGAAACUGGAGCAGCCUUUCUGAGAAAAGAGGGGAGAAAGCGUAAUGUAAUACUGUGACACAAUUUUUAGAUCCACUCUACUUGCAUCGCAAUCUUCUUAACAUCUAAAGCAGGCCCUCUCAGCACUGUGUACUUACACAGUGCUGAGAUUACCAGACCUCAACCAAGCAACAACUCAUUCAUGAAAUCUCGUAUGCCUCCUUGUGGCAGGAGUCCACUAGAAUAUAUUUAUUUUCCACAGCAGGUUAAUUCACCCAGUAAGUCCUACAUGGAGCUGUAUAUUUCCUUCCAGCACCUUUAAGCUGGAUAUUAAAUUGGUGCUUUUUCUGUAAAAGAUGUUAAAGUGCGACACCAAUAUACUUUGCAACGAUAACUUAUUGGCCUUUUUUGUCACAGAUCUGGACCACAUGCUAUGUCAGACCACCUGUAUAAGUUGAUAACUUUUACACUUCCAUAACUACAUAUUGGUGCUAACUGUACUCCUCUGUUUGUUUGAGGCAGAACAGUGUUUGCAGACACACACCUACUUGAAAUAAAAAUCUGUUUUGGGCAGAAGAAUGCUUUAUAUGCAAUGUAUGUGUAUUUUCGCUGACUUCUGUCUCCUCUCCACUGUGUGGGUAGAGCAAAGGACUGUGUGUCAGGAUCUUUGGGUUUUACUCCCACUGGCUUGGACUUCAGGGAAAUCGUGUAGAGACACCAAUGGCUUGAAGUCCUUCAUCUUUAAAUACAGGUAUUGCACCAGGUCCUGUGGCACCAUAACACUAUUGUGGCCUUAAUUAUGUUUCAGUAUAGGAAUUCUCCCUCCGUUUGUGUGUGUUUAAAAAAGAAAAAAGGAAAAAAAGGACCCACGUGAACAGGAAACUGUGAAUUUGACUCAACCAAUAUGGCUGUUGAAUGCUAGACUUGCCUUAAGUGUGUAACAACAGAUUAAAUGGUUUCAGUCUGUUA